AAAUCCAGCCAAAGAUGGCUGAAGCUUUUCAGGUGGCUAAAAAACAAGAUUUGCCCCCUCCGGGGGGCUACAAGCCAAUUCCAUUUAAAAGGAUCCCCGCUAAAUCUUAUUUCAGCGGAUAUACUAUGUUUGCGGGGUUCAUUGGAAUGACAAUUGGUUCUAUAUAUCUCUAUAACAUAACUUACAAGAGAAUUCUUAAGGAUGAGAUUGAGAUGAGAUCCGCUAAAAUGGCGAUAUACCCUGCUCUACUGGCAGAAAGAGAUAGGGAAUACCUAAAGCAGCUCCGUAGGAACAGGGAUGCUGAGGCAGAGCUGAUGCGAGACGUUCCCGGGUGGGAGGUCGGUACUUACUACGGAGAACGCGUCUACAAACUUAUUCCCCCCGACCAGUUGGUCGAACCAAUCUUCCAAGAGUACUAUGCACACAGUGACAUCAAAGAGUGGAACAAACGUGCUAACAUCAAGCUUCUUUCAUAAAUUAUCAAGAUUUAUUAAAUACUGUUAUGUAAAAAAAGGUAUAUGUAUAGAAGCAAUAAUUGGAGAGCUUUUAGUUCAAUUAUAAAAAAAUUAGAAAUAAAA